ACACUGCCAUUUGGCCCGUAAGCACAUAUGACGGUGAGUGACCUAUCCCCCACCCGAAGGCGCAGGGAAGAGACCCUCUCGUCCACCGGGGAAAACUCCAACACAUGGCGACUAAGCUGGGGAGCUAUGAGCAAGCCCACACCAGCCCGCCGCCUCUCACCGCAGGCAACUCCAGAGUAGAAAAGGGUCCAGCCCCUCUCAAGGAGUUGGGUUCCAGAGCCCAGGCUGUGUGUGGAGGUGAGCCCGACUAUUUCUAGACCGUUCUGCUUGACCUCCUGCACAAGCUCAGGCUCCUUUCCCCCCAGUGACGUGACAUUCCAUGUCCCAAUAGCCAGAUUGGUUUUCCAGGGAUUGGGUCGCCUAGGCUCCCGCCUUCGACUGCUGCCUAAUCCACUCUGCACCGGCCCCCUAAGGUUCCUCCUGCGGAUGGUGGGUCCACUUGAGGACGGCCCCACGUCGCCCCGUGGGAAUAGGCCCGGCCACCAGGCGCUCGCAUACGAGCCCCAACCCCGGGCCUGGCUCCAGGGUGGGGCCUCGGUUGCGCCAUACCGGGCGACGUCUCUGGCCUUGGUGGUUUGCCUUUCAUAGGGGGGUUGUGAACCGCUCUUAGUCUGGCCCGUCGCCCAGGACCUGUUUGCCUUGGGAGACCCUACCAGGGGCAUUUAGCCCCCGACAACAUAGCACCCGGGGUCAUUCGGGCACACAAACUCCUCCACCACGGUAAAGCGGCGGUUCAGGGAGGAGAGGCGGCGGUUCAGGGAGGAGUAUAAAAUAUAAAAUAAUAGUAUUAAAUAUAAUAAAAAUAAUAAAUAAAAUAAGACCCAACAUUAGGAUAAUGAGCAACAUGAAUCCAACAACAUCACAAUCACAGUGUUUUCACUCAGAACGUCUUUCUCCAUCAGAUAAAGCCCAGUGUGUCCUCACAGCGUCUCCAUCUUGGCUGAGUCCUGGAGCCUCAGUAGCUCUGAGCUGUGAGGUUGAGCCUCCAUCUGCAGGAUGGAGGUUCUACUGGUACCAGACUGUUCCUGAUGGCUCACACAGCUCCUACAGAUAUGAGCUGCUACCUGUUAGUGAGCAUGGGACUGAACAGGGCUCCUACAUGCUUGAUGGACACACACACAGCAGGAUAUGUGUGUAGAGCUGCAAGAGGAGAACCAGUGUAUUACACUGACUACAGCAAAGCAGCAUUCGUCUGGUCUGGAGAUGUUGAUCCGUCAGCGUCUCUCACAGUGAGUCCUGACACAGUUCAACACUUCACCCGUGACUCUGUGUCACUGAGCUGUGAGGGAAACUCUACUGAGUGGAGAGUCAGGAGGUUUCCUGAAGGAGGCUUCCUGUCAUCCUGCUCCAACUGGACAACAUCUGGAUCCAGAUGUGACAUCAACACAUCACAGUCUGGUUCUGCAGUGUUCUGGUGUGAGUCUGGAUCAGGACACUUCAGUAACUCAGUCAACAUCACUGUUCAUGUUGAGUUUGACUAUGCAGGUUUGAUCCUGAUGAGUCCUGUCCGUCCUGUGACUGAGGGACUCUCUGUGAGUCUGAGCUGUAAGUUGAAGACAGGACAAAAAGCUUCCAGUGUGUUUUUCUAUCACAAUGAGCAACUGAUCCAAAACGACAGCAGAGUAGAGCUGAACAUUGUCACGUCCCGGUUUUAG